AAAAGUGUGGUAGUCAGAACACUGCUUCUCCCAGGCCCUCAUCCCUGGAACCUGGGAAUGUGUUACCGUACGUGGCAAAGGAGACCAGAUGUGGUUAAGUUCAGGGUAUGCAUGUGGGAGAUUAUCCAGAUUGGUUCAGUGUAAUCACGAGGCUCGUUCUUAGGAAAAAAUAGUCAGGAGAAUCAAAGAAGGAGGUGCGAUGACAGAGCAGAGGUUGGUAGUGAGAUUGCAGGCUGUGAAAUGGAAGAGGGCCACAAAGCCAAGGAAAGAGGUGAGGGGGGGUGUGCUCUAGGAACUAGAAGACGCAUCGAACAGAUUCACUUCUAGAGCUUCCAGAAGGAACUCAGCCUUGCUGAUAUUUCGACGUUGGUCUACUUGAGAUUUGCAGCCUUGUGGUACUUGGAUGUUAGUCUACUUGAGAUUUCUGACCCCUGGACUGUAAGGUAAUAAAUUUGUAUUGUUCAAGCCACUAAGUUUGUGGUAAUUUAUCACAGAGGCGACAAGAAACACAUACAUCAGCUUUAUCGAGAUAGAAUUUAUAUACCACACACCUGACUCUUCUAAAGUAUACAGUAAAUGGUUUUAGUAUAUUUACAGACUUAUGUAACUCUAAAACUUCCGAAAAGUGGAACAAAAACAUGAGGUGAAAAAUAAAUGAUCUUUGGAUCACAUGGUGCUCUCCUCACCGUUGUUGUUUGAAUGAAGAACACAGACUGUGUUCAGGGACUUUUGGGGACACUCCUGGUACAUGGUCACAGGAACAGGAGCAUUUAGAACAGGUAAAUAUUUGCUUUUCCUUAUCUUAGUAGGGUAACUUUUUCUGGUAACUCUUUAUACGUUUCCCUCGAUGGCGUGUAAGGUACUGUUUUCUGGCAUUUAAGUCCGUUUUCUUGAUGUUAGCUUAUCAAACUUACAAACCAUAGAUUUCUAACCUGUUGCUAAGACACCACGCGCUAUUCUGUACAACGAAUACAAAUUUCUUGAACUGGCUAAGAAACAGACCUUGUUUUGUGUAUUUUCAGUAGCUUUAUAAACCUCUACUUCAAGGAACGUGUUGCAUGUAGAAAUACUUUCGAAUGCCUGCUAAUUGGGGGUGGUGGUCGGGUUCCUCAGUUCCCAACAUCGAGUUGUUCCGAGGGGCGCCUUCUGCACGUGUGUCCUUAGGACCCUGCAGAAUAAGGUAGCCAUUUUCUGGCCCAAUUUUAAGGUAGAUUUUUUAAAGCUGAUACAUUACAGACCUUCCAAAUUAUCUGUAUGCCAGUCAUCUCAGAUUCUCCCUCUCCUUGAAACAGAUUCGGGUUCAGAUCCCAGGUGUGGUGAUGGCCCGCCAUGGCAUUUUUCUGUUUGCUGACCCAGAAGCAGGAGAGACUUUGAAUCUGCCGGAUCAUUUGUUGGCUCAUUUACCUUUGCCAGGAAGCUUCUUUUUGUUAAUUAAAAUAAAGAAAUCUGUUUGCAUUUCAGCAUAUCUUUUUUUCCUCCCAGUGACAGUAGCAAUUUGGUCCUCAAUUUGUGGUUAAAACAAAAUACAGGUGCAUAGCUUCAAGAAAGAAAAAAAGACAAAACAACAGAAGCACAGCCCCUGACGUCUGGAGCUCCCCGGGUCCUCACGGGCAGGCCGUGGCACUCUCCUGUUGGACAUAAGGAGUCUCAGGAACACCCACCCCAGACAAGGUCACUGUUAGACCAUGAGAGAACGCGACACAGCAAGACCACGUUUUGAAUUUGUCUAAGCACAGACAAGAACGAGGGCACCGUGCAAACCCACAGACGCGGAGUCUUGGCUAAAAUGAACGACUGAACGACUGUCACUUCUUUGCCCAUUAUACCUUCAUCUUCCAUUUAGUCUGCCCUGCAGAUCCUGUUUGUGGAGACACUCAAUCCUCACGUUGCCUUCGCUGAGUUCACAGCGUCCGAUCCAGCGAACUCAGGCCCUCAGAUCCUCUUCCGAAUCCCCCCAUCCAAGCUCACAUCUGCUCUAGGUGCCCUCAGACGCCCUUACUGAUACCCCACGGCUCCCCCUGGUGUGCACUCUCCCUCACUGCAGUGAGUAACGAACCUGAGCCGCCCCACUGUACGUGUGUUCCUGGUGCUCUUUGGCUGAAGACGCUGACAGCGUAAAGAUGAAAACCAUGAUACGAAGCGAUGUAAAAAUUGUUUGACUCACUGGGAAGAACCCACAGAAGUUUUUGGAAAGCAUAAGUGUUGUUCCUUGCUGUGUGUGUUUAAAAGAGAUGACGUUUCUGGAGCAGUCGGGCUCUCUGAAAGGCUCUCUGGGUGCCCAAGACCAGCUGUCGCUCAUCAGUGGCUGUUUGAACAUCCAGGAGGCAGUAGAGGGCGCCCUGCACAUUCAGGAAUGCGUUCCAGAAAACCUGGAGCUGAAGAAGAAGAUUUUUGCUCAGUUAGACCAAAUCAUCGAUGACCAAGUUGUCUUAAGCAGCUCCACCUCUUGCCUCCUGCCUUCCCAGUUGUUUGCUGGCCUCGCACACGUGCAGCAGUGCCUCGUGGCCCAUCCUGUAAAUCCACCGUAUUACGUGCCACUGGUUGAGCUGGUCCCACACCCAGAGACGGCCCCUGCGACGGUGGACAGAACCCACGCCCUGAUGCGGAAGAUCGGACAGUCCCCAGUCAGGGUCUUGAAGGAGAUGGAUGGCUUUGUCCUGAAUCGCCUCCAGUAUGCCGUCAUCAGCGAGGCCUGGCGGCUGGUGGAGGAAGGAAUAGUGUCUCCGAGCGACCUUGACCUUGUCAUGUCAGAUGGCCUGGGCAUGCGGUAUGCGUUCAUCGGACCCCUAGAAACUAUGCAUCUCAAUGCCGAAGGCCAUGUGUCUGAAGGUUCCCGCGGAUCCGGAGCAUUUAGCUGCCAGACGGCGGUGGAGGGACGAAUGUCUGCAGAGACUCGCCAAGCUGAAAAGGCAGAUGCCGUCCCAGUAAGAGCUCCCUGUGAAGCCACCGGCCUUCCUUACCGGGAGUCCCGUUCGGUGGAGUCACCAGCACCCAACCCCACCACUCGGGACCAGUGGGGAGCCGGGCAGUCUUCGUGGAGGCCCGGGGCCUGGCCACAGCCGCGGGGCUGAUCGCGUCCCCGCCGUGGGUUCCCAGCACACUGGGCCCGAGGGCUGGUCACUCCCCGCCACCUGGGCAAGCAAGAGAGCAAAUCGUCUGAGGAUCUUCACCUUUUAUUUUUAGUGUGAUUCCGUAUUUUAAUCUGUAGCAAAGUAUUUUCGUAAUCAUUGUCAGAUCUGCUUCUGAGUACUCCGUGGCCCUGAGGCAACUGCCUUCAUUUUGCUAAUGCUUAUUCUGAAUAAAGGUUUUUGAUUGCAUAAA